AUGUCAGAAAAAAAUUUAUGUACUGAUAUAACAUGUGACGAUACAAUCAAAGAAUUAUAUCAAUGUCAUUGUUGUUUACAACUUGUGUGUUUAACUCAUUUGAUUCAACAUGUUGAAAUAGCAAAACAAAAUAGACAACAAUUAAAUUAUCUUCGUAAUGAAUUAAAUAUGGUUAUAAAUAAACUUAAGUUAAUUGUUGAAGAAAAACUAUUGACUAUUAAACAUGAACAAAACUUGAUUGAACAAGCAAAACAAUUUCUUAAUACACCUAAUAGUACUAUCGAAGAAUUACAGAAUAGUUUCGAACAAAUUAAUCAAGCAAUUACAUCAAAUCGUUCAGAAGAAAUCAUAUUGAAAGUUGAACCUUUAUUAACGAAUAUGGAAGAAUGCUCUUAUAUUCGCGAGCAUGAUAUGAAAAAUACGAAUUUGAAUGGUAAAAUAAAAUCUCUCUCUUUGUAA